UUUUAUUGUUAUUAUGAAUGAAACAAUCAUGGAUGCAAAGAAAUCUACGUAACAAAAUUAGCAACUGAGAAGCUAUUAUUUGGGGCACAGUGUACAGCUAUACAUUUAGUAAAUUAUUAAUUUCUUCGUUUCCAUUGAUUCUGAGCAUGGGAUUCUUAUUAGGAGUUGUGUUAUCCAAGCUGUAGCUCAUGCUUGCUAACGUAGCUAGUUAGAUAGCAAACAGUUGCAUGAAAUCCGCACUUGCUGGGCCGAUACAGCUAGCUAGCUAACUAGUUUGUCCUCUUUUAAUUGCGUAAAAAAAAAAUGAACACGGUACUAUUGCAAUAUUGUAAUUCUUACCUAGCUCACGAAUCCAUCAGACCAACAACUAUAGCCCUAAUGGCUACCUAUUAUGCUUAGUGAUGCUUAACAUGCUGACAGGGACAGUUUAGCUGGGGUGUAAUCACUAGUCCAAACAGUUGCAAAACGUGUAACUAAAACGAGUGUUUCUAUUGGACAAAUUCAGGUAAGUCCCUCCAUGUCUCAUUCCGUUUGCUUCCGUUUAAGAAACGCUUUGCAACAGAAUCGGCGGAAUGAAUACACCCAUGUUACAUCAAGAGGCCAUUGGUGUUGUAAUGAGGAUGCUACCAAAGAUAAUUCAUAACCUGUAGCUAACUGGCUAAUACAGUCAGUCUAUAAUCCAAUUUGCAAGCCUAGUUGAACAACAUGCACCCAUUUUAUUUCCAGGACAGAUGUCCUCAUGAUGAACUUUGACGGUCUGGACCCAGGAAUGGGUGAAUACGGACCCGCCCUCCAUGGGAGUCUAGAGCCGGGUAGGGAGCCCUCAAUGGACCCACGGCUCAAUCCGGGCUUGUUGCAAGGUGUGGAGCUCGGUCCAGAUGGUCUUCCCGUGGCCAUACCCGAGUCUGUGCACAUGAUGGAGGGGAUGUUCUCUGAGCUCCACAGUGUGCAUGCAGAGGUGGGCGUUCCUGUCACAGCAACUCACUUUGACCUGCAAGAGGAGCUGCUCUGGAUGGGAAACCACAGGGUAAGAGACAAAUUAUUAUGUGCGAAAAUAGGGUCGUUCCAUGUAAUUUCAGCAAGCCAUGACACCCAAUAUCUUAUAUUAUCUUAGAUGGUACCAUCAAUCAUUUUGUAAUUUGGGUGAACUAUCCCUUUAACAUUGAGGGGGGGGGGGGGGGUCUAGUGUCUAGUGGUCAGAACCUGGUAAUAUCAGUAUGUAGGAUGGGACAUAAACCUAACAACUUCAAUGACAUAUUUCUCUGAACAGGGGAAAAAAAACAAUCACCAAAUUCACUGAGUACAUUACGUAGGAUGAAGAAAAAUACUCAGAGCCGCAGCGCCAUACUACUUAUCUGACAUAGAGAACUGACACUAUAUACUCUUUGUUGGGGUGGGAUUGCCGUGGGGUGGGGGGGGGGGGUGUCCAUGGGUGGCUUUUGACAAUGUCUUUGGAUUCCUCAUAUCUAACUAAUUUGGUCCAAAUCAGAUGUUGGUUACUAUAUUUACUGAAUAUUAUAUGAUUCCUAUAAAUUAAAAUGGCCAAUUUGGAUGCAAUCAAUUAGCUUAAUUUCUCAUAGAUCAAAUAAUAUUUCAACAAUAUAAUGUUGCAGGAAUACUAAUCUUAUCUGUUCCACCUUUGAACGACCCAAUAGGUUAUUACUAGUACUUGGAACAUGUGUCAUAUCAAAUCAAAUCAAUCCAAAUAGUCCGGGUAGCCAUGAUUAGCUGUUCAGGAGUCUUAUGUCUUGGGGGUAGAAGCUGUUAAGAAGCCUUUUGGACCUAGACUUGGCGCUCUGGUACCGCUUGCCGUGCGGUAGCAGAGAGAACAGUCUAUGACUAGGGUGGCUGGAGUCUUUGACAAUUUCUAGGGCCUUCCUCUGACACCACCUGGUAUAGAGGUCCUGGAUGGCAGGAAGCUUGGCCCCAGUGAUGUACUGGGCUGUACGCACUACCCUCUGUAGUGCCUUGCGGUCAGAGGCCGAACAGUGAUGCAACCAGUCAGGAUGCUCUUGAUGGUGCAGCUGUAGAACUUUUUGAGGAUCUGAGGACCCAUGCCAAAUCUUUUCAGUCUCCUGAGGGGGAAUAGGCUUUGUCGUGCCCUCUUCACGACUGUCUUGGUGUGUUUGGACCAUGAUAGUUUGUUGGUGAUGUGGACACCAAGGAACUUGAAUUCUCAACCUGUUCUACUACAGCCCCGUCGAUGAGAAUGGGGGCGUGCUCAGUCCUUUUUUAUUUUCUUUCCUGUAGUCCACAAUCAUCUCCUUUGUCUAGAUCACGUUAAGGGAGAGGUUGAUAUCCUGGCACCACACGGCCAGGUCUCUGACCUCCUCCCUAUAGGCUGUCUCAUCGUUGUCGGUGAUCAGGCCUACCACUGUUGUGUCGUCGGCAAACUUAAUGAUGGUGUUGGAGUCGUGCCUGGCCAUGCAGUCAUGGGUGAACGGGGAGUACAGGAGGGGACUGAGCACCCCUGAGGGGCCCCCGUGUUGAGGAUCAGCGUGGCAGAUGUGUUGUUAUCUACCCUUACCACCUGGGGGCGGUCCGUCAGGAAGACCAGGAUCCAGUUGCAGAGGGAGGUGUUUAGUCCCAGGGUCCUUAGCUUAGUGAUGAGCUUUGAGGGCACUAUGGUGUUGAACGCUGCGCUGUAGUCAAUGAAUAGCAUUCUCACGUAGGUGUUCCUCUUGUCCAGGUGGGAAAGGGCAGUGUGGAGUUCAAUAGAGCUUGCAGGAGUGCAAUAGAUGUUUUGUUCACUUUCGUUUUUGUUGGCACUUUUUGUGUAAAUAUGCAAUAUGUGCUAUUCGGCACCAUUUUUCUGUGAUAGUAACUUGUUUCCCAACUCUCUUUUCCAUAGGGGCAUGCAAUGUCCUUCUUUGGUUCGACAAUGGGCCGCUACUCAUCUUUCCAGGCGCACUCGACUGACGACAUUCGUCAGAUUCAAAGCAUGGAGACAGGGGUUCUGUUUCUCUCUAAGAGUAAUCUCAAGUGCCAAACUCGUGGAGGCCUGGUCAUGUUCGACUACCCGUGAGUUGCAUGCAAAUGCUUAUGCACAUUCUUACUGAUUUAGUUCUUACUGAUAACCCAGUUAUGUUAUUAUGCGAGCCAUACAGCCAUGUUUGCUUAGGUUCAAAGGUGGGUGCUGAAAGGAUGCUUGCAGAAAUGUAUCUGUAGAAUCAACAUUCAGUUGAAACAUCAAGUUACAGCUUCAGUUUGGAUGUGCAUCUUGAAUACUGUACAGUAUAGUGUAAUUGUCUUAAUUAUUGUGUGCAUUUCAGAAUGGAGGAGGGAGCUGACAUGCAUAGUCUGCUUAUGACAGAAAACAAUACAAUGCUCAUGGGUGGACUACAGAAUUAUGUGCUUGAAUUUGACCUUAAUACUGUGCAGCAGACACAAAAGGUAUUGCAUAACAUCAGCAAGUGAAAAUAUAACUAUAGUUGCAAUACAUAAUUUAGCCUGUAUUUUUGGCCUAUAGGCUCUUGAAAAUAAGUGAUUGAAUAGAUGAAUAAUUGUAAAUAUUGUGGAUCUUUCCUUCCAAUGCCUAGUUCACAGUCGAGGCUCCAGGGGUAGCUAUCAUGCGGCAGUCCAAUCGUUUCUUAUUCUGUGGGAACACAUCUGGGAAGGUAAGGACAACAAGAGAGGCCCAAGGCCACCCAUGUUUCUCAGUGUUUGGAAGAUGCUACUAGGGCUUUUUACAUACUUAAUAAUUCGUAUUACUCAUCAUCUUGCUUUCCACAAAACCAGGUGUCUCUUUGUGACCUGCGCACUUUCAAGCUAGAACAUGAAUUUGAUGCCUUCUCCGGUAGCCUGUCAGACUUCGAUGUCCAUGGCAACCUCCUGGCUGUAUGUGGGUUCUCCAGUCGAGGGCUGAACAGACUGGCGUGUGACCGCUUCCUCAUGGUGUUUGACCUGCGCAUGAUGCGCACUGUGACACCACUCCAAGUGCACGUGGACCCCCUCUUCUUGCGCUUCAUCCCUACAUACACGUCACGCCUGGCCAUCAUCUCACAGACAGGUAUUGAUCAAAUGGGGAAUGUGUUUGUUGUGCAGCCUGCUAGCUGUAUUUAUCAGCCUGCAGAAAAUAACUGACCUUCUUUUCCCUCCAUCCCCAGGAGAGUGUCAGUUCUGUGAGCCCACUGGACUAGCCAACCUGGCUGACGUAUUCCAUGUCAACACCGUGGGCCAGUUGCUCAUGAGCUUCGAUGUGUCCUCCAGCAAGCAGGCUUUGGCCUUUGGGGACUCUGGGGGAGGUGUGCACCUUUGGUCAGACGCCCCAGAGGUCUCCUACAACAGCUACUCACGGGAGACAGAGUUUGCUCUGCCCUGUCUGGUGGACUCCUUGCCUCAGCUAGACUGGAGCCAUGACCUGUUGCCCUUGUCCCUCAUCCCAAUGCCUUUGACCAGCUCAGAGCCACUACUGUCAGACUGGGUCACCACACAGGCCACUCCCAGCCCUAGGUAGGUAACACAUUGUUUUAAGACAAGUGUUGUGUCCUUUUGGGACUUUGAUCUGCUGAAGUAGGCUAUGUGGUGAAUUCACUGCACCUCGAGGUGGGGUUAUGCCAACCUCUUCCCAAAAGUUCCCGUAGAUGUAUUCUCUUGUGCCCGAAGGAUCAAUUGUCUUCUCCCCUCCCCCCAAAAUGUGUAUUUUCUUACUACCACUGACUGCUGAUAACUUCUGUAUUGAGGUAAAAUGUUCUUACGACUAUGAUGUGGUUUUCUCACCUAGCUGUCUUAAAAUGAAUGCACUAACUGUAAGUCACUCUGGAUAAGAGUGUCUGCUAAAGGACUAAAAUGUAAAUGACUUUCUCACCUUUUUAUCCUCCAGACGAGCACCCCCAGUGGACCCAGAGAUCCUGCGCACUAUGAACUCUGUAGGGUUCAUUGGUUACGCCCCCAAUCCUCGCACACGUCCCCGGAACCAGGUACGUCACUCUUCCACAAAUUCAGUGUAUUUUUUUUUUUUACAUUAGAAGCAAUGGGUUUUCAUCCAUUUUUUUGUCCAGGCAGUGUUAUCCAGGAAGAGUUGGGUACUGAACUAGGCUUGGCUUGUAUAUAAAUCCUCUCCUGGUGACCCAAUGUCCUGUUUGCUGUGUUUCAGGUUCCUUACAAGAUCAAGGAGGUGGAGCUGGACUAUGAUAACUACAAUCAGGGGGUUCCUGAGUCUCUUAUUGGUCGAGAUGAAGAACCUCACCUCUACAUGGUGCCCAAGAAAUACAGGAAGGUGUGUCUCUUUACUAAUUACAUUGUUAUCUACCUGUAAUUGUGAAAUAUGUGGUUUAAUAGUAUGAAUAUGUGUUAUGAGCACAGUUCAAUGUGGGUGUUGAGGUUAGCUUGUUGUGUUAACGAUAAGACCUAACAUCUUUGAUUGUUUUGUGCCCAUCAGGUCACCAUCAAAUACUCCAAACUUGGGCUGGAGGACUUUGACUUCAAACAUUACAACAGGACCCUGUUUGCUGGUCUGGAACCUCACAUUCCCAAUGCUUACUGCAACUGCAUGAUCCAGGUGAGAAUCGGAAAUGAGUGGCGUUCAUUUAUAUACUGUAAAUAUACCCAGGUUGAUUUAUAUUUGUUUAAUUUAUCGAGCUCAUGAUUAUUUGUUCAUUAUUUGUUCCCAUUUACAAAGAAACAUGUUGUAGGAUUAUUUCAGUGUGUGUUUUGUGUGUUUUCCCCGUGUGUCUGAUUGGUUAGGUGUUGUAUUUCCUGGAGCCAAUCCGCUGCCUGGUCCAGAACCACCUGUGUCAGAAGGAGUUCUGUCUGGCGUGUGAGCUGGGCUUCCUCUUCCACAUGCUGGACCUGUCACGAGGAGACCCCUGUCAGGUAGCCACCGAUCAUAGGAAUAGAAUGAAUAGAAAGGACUUCUCCAUUCAAGUCAAUGAUGGCAUGAUGGGUGGACUGGCAGCCAUUUUGAGUGUACCCGUGCCAGGAAGUAAAAGCAGGAAGUAUACCCUUCAAUCUGUGCUAUGAUUUGUUAAAUCAACUCAACUGACAUAGAUGUGGUAAAUAAAUCAAUGGAACGCAGACUGUGGGGGAUAGAAGGACGCCGGAUUGGGGCACAUUCAACAAAUCUAAUCUAACAAAGUGGAUAUUCAUAAAAUCCGUCAUGAUUGAUGUAUUGUAACAGGCCCACAAUGUGUUUACUAAGUCAGAUUUGCAUAUAUUUGGCUAUUUUUGCUGCAUAACAUUUAGAAGUUGUCCCUUUUCAGGUUUAGAAGUGACUGCUAAAUGCUAACUCCCAUUCGUAUAAGCCGGUAGCAUAGCUAGCACACAGAAAUAGGUGGUGGUAGUCAGUCGUUUUUAACUGUAAUGCAGUUGAUUGGUGUUAAUGACAUGAACAUGUAUUGGGGUUCACAUCCAUACAAGCAUUAUACUCCAAUUUUUUUACCUCAACAGUAUGAAAUACACAUACAGUGGGGAGAACAAGUAUUUGAUACAUUGCCGAUUUUGCUAGUUUUCCUACUUACAAAGCAUGUAGAGGUCUGUAAUUUUUAUCAUAGGUACACUUCAACUGUGAGAGACGGAAUCUAAAACAAAAAUCCAGAAAAUCACAUUGUAUGAUUUUUAAGUAAUUAAUUUGCAUUUUAUAUAUACAUUUCUGUGAAACUGUGUACGUUUUACUUGUGGAUUUAUUUAAUAAAAAUGUAAACUCAAGAUUGGUGGCAGGUAGCCUAGCGGUUAAGAGCGUUGAGACUGUAUCUGAAAGGUUGCUGGUUCGAAUCCCCCGAGCUGACUAGGUGAAAAAUCUGUCGAUGUGCCCUUGAGCAAGGCACUUAACCCUAAUUGCUCCUGUAAGUCGCUCUGGAUAAGAGCGUCUGCUAAAUGACAAAAAUGUAAAUCUAUUUGUCUACAUGCCGUUUUAAAAACAAUGCAGCUAUUGGAGUAAACCUAUUUUGGGUUAAGACAAGUAACUUUGAGUAAGAAUAAGACAUCCGACUAACACUUUACAUUUAUAACGGUUGGUUUUAGUAUAUCUAAUAAAUAACCAAAUCCUUGAUGGAUCAAUAGAUAAAAGAAAUGCAUGUCUCUUAUCUGCCCCUGCAAGCCGGUCGGCAUACGCGUCAACACACUCCCUCAUCUGAUUGGUCUUUUCCCAUGAACGGUAAACCGGCAUACGCAUCAUCACACUCCCUCAUUUGAUUGGUUGAGUAGGUGGGCCUUCUGACUUUGUGGCUGUGGUAACUAGUGACAACCUGUAGGGUCAGAGGUUUCAAGCCAUUCUAUUAAUUAUAUUUCUAUGCCACCGAUAGCAAUGACACAUCUCACACUCUGGUCCAUCUGUAUAUACAAAAUAAUAGACCCCUGUAGUAAUGUGCUUAUGUAGAUGUAAUAGAGUUGCAAUAAAGAGAGUUUGAUGCAGUUGUAUAGAGGUAAUAGAGCACUGUAAUGUGUUUAUGUAUGCACUGAACUGACUGACCAUAAUUGAACCAUCCUGCUGCCUACUCCCAUUGCCAUUCACUCAUUGCAACCACUGUCCCCUCUAACCCCUCUCAAAGGCCAGUAAUUUCCUCAGAGCUUUCCGAACAAUCCCAGAGGCGUCUGCCCUGGGCCUUAUCCUGGCUGACUCUGAUGAGCAGACGGGGAAGGCCAGGCUGGGCCAUCUCAUCCAGAGCUGGAACCGCUUCAUUCUAACCCAGCUCCACCAGGAGACCCAGGAGCAGGAGGGGCCACAGGCCUACCGAGGAGCCAGCAGCAGGUGACACCUUUUUCCUUUUGUUUUACACUUUUAAUAGCCAAGCAAUCAACAAAAACAAAAGAUACUAGUUAAAAUGAUGUUCAUUUCUUACACUCUCAAUGUUAGGAAGUAAAUCAGCUUGUAACAAUUAUUUAGUGUAUACUAGAGCAUCUGCUAUUUGUGUUUAGUGUUGACUUUGGCUUGAUAAUUUUUUAUGCUUUGUUGGUGACAGUGCUCUGGGCUCCUCAGGCGAGUCUGUGAUCGGAAGGCAGUUUGGGUGUGAGGUUGAGAACAGCAGCCUGUGUCGCUGUGGAAAGGAGACAGUACGCUCCUCUCUCACCUUGCUCUUCACCAUGCACUACCCUGAGCAGAACUCACUUGGUAAGUUUUCCCCUAAUUAUCUUUACUCUGCAAGCAUUUGACUAGUAUCACUGUUAUUUGGGGAGUACAAUGGAUUUAUUGAUCAUAUAUUGCUGUUUUACUGUAAAUCCUAUUCUGUUAGAUAAGAUGAUAAAGGAGUACGACUUUGCUGAGAUCCUGAAGAAGAGUAUAUGUCUGGAGCAGAGCACACAGGCAUGGUGUGAGAACUGUGAAAAGUACCAGCCCACAGUAAGUGACACUUACUUGGUUGUUUGUUUAUUGGUUGAGUCGAUUCUUUAAUGUGUUUUUCCUGUCCAUCUAUCUCUAGGUGCAGACACGGAACAUCCGCUGCCUUCCUGAUGUACUGGUCAUUAACUGUGAGGUGAACAGUGUCAAAGAGGCUGAGUUCUGGAAGGCUCAGGCAGAGGUGAGUUUUGAAAUCCAAACCAUGAUUGCCCACUUGAGUAUUUCCUCCUACAAUGGCAAAUGCUAAAUACAGAAGGCUAUUGAUAUUUACAAUGACAUGAUGGUCAUAUAUUUAAUUUAGAUAUUAGCUACAGGAGCACAUUAGAGAUUUAGUACUUCUAUUAAACCGAUGAUGUUGGUUGUGUUUCCAGUGUCAGUAAUAUUUCGGCACAAAGUUAUUACAAUGAAUCAACCUGUUCCUCUCUCUCCACAGUACGCUUUCAUCAAGGCCAAGAAGAAAGAGGAAAUGGAACCCCUUAAACCCAAAGAACCACCACCACAACAACCAACUGAGUGGUGCCUAGAGUAAGAAUGAUGAAACUUUACACAUAUUUGGCUAGUGACAGUUCAUACUCUCAUGGAAAUAUUGAUGGGAUAUCUUGUUAGAACUAUGAUCAUCUGACAUUUUGUUUUUGAAUUGUUACCCUGCAUCGGGGUUAGGGCCAAUUCAGGAAGUAAACUGAAAUUCAAAUUUUCCUCAAUGCACUUUUGAUAACCUCUAUGUUGUUUAGGGAAGAGCUGGUCAAUACGGAGGGCCUGACCUUUGACACCAGAGUGGACGACCUGCGUCACGUCUGGAUCCCUCUUACUCUGAAGAUGUCCAUCAGCAAAAGCCAGGGCCUGGAGAUCAGCAGCUGGCCAGAGGAAGAAGAGGUGAGAGUAGGGUUGCAAAAUUCCAGGAACUUUUAAUAAAUUCCCUGGUUUUCAAGAAAUCCAGGGAAGUUCAUGGAAUUUUGCAGCCCUAGGUGAGAGACACAGAACAGCCAACAACUACUUUUACUUCACAUUCAUAGGCUCACUCACCAAAUCAUUUUUCAAGACUUCCAUGGUUUUUCCAUUUGCCUCCUUCUAGCUUGUUUUUGUUUUUCCGUACUGGUUUCAGUUUAAUAGAAUGAUCUGUAUUAGUACUGUAUGUAUGUCUUUAGCUGAGCUCCACUGAGGAGGCUGAAGGAGCAUCUCUCUAUGACUUGGUGGUUACUGUGCCUCAUGUACUGGACGCUCGCACCGGAGGAAACCUGGUAGCACACAUCAAAGUGGGAGAGACCUAUCACGUCAGAAAAGAGGUGAGUGGAUGGAUAGAUCUGUUAGAGCCAAAGUAGGAACAUCAACAGACCUCAGGAGAAUGGAAGGCUACACUGAGUGUACAAAACAUUAAGAACACCUUUCCAUGACAGACUGACCAGGUGAAAGCUAUGAUCCCUUAUUGAUGUCAUUUGUUAAAUCCACUUCAAUCAGUGUAGAUGAAGGGGAGGAGACGUUAAAGAAGGAUUUUUAAGCAUUGAGACUGAUUGUGUAUGUGUGCCAUUCAGAGGGUGAAUGGGCAAGACAAAAUAUUUAAGUGCCUUUGAACGGGGUAUAGUAGUAAUUGCUAGGCGCACCGGUUUGUGUUAAGAACUGCAACACUGCUGGGUUUUUCACGCUUAACAGUUUCCCAUGUGUAUCAAGAAUGAUCCACCACUUAAAGGACAUCGACCAGCCAACUUGACACAACUGUGGAAAGCAUUGGAGUCAACAUGGGCCAGCAUCCCUGUGAAACGCUUUCGACUCCUUGUAGAGUCCAUGCCCUGACGAAUUGAGUCUGUUCUGAGGGCAAAAGGGGGGGGGGUGCAACUCAAUAUUAGGAAGGUAUUCUUAAUGUUUUGUACACUCAGUGUAUAUAUGCUAAUAAUAAUAUUAUGAAAACCAUAUUUGACUAACUUAUUUUUGUUCAUGUUGUGGUUUAAGGGGGUAACACACCAGCAGUGGUAUCUAUUCAAUGACUUCCUGAUUGAGCCAAUUGACAAGGUCAUCUUUGCUUACUCACUGAAUCAACAUAUCAAAUAUCUUAUUAAUUCCUCAAAUAUAACAAGAGUCUAAAAUAAGUGUUUGCAUUUUGUUUUUGUUUGUGUGUUUCAGGCGGAAGCAGCACAGUUUGAUGUGAACUGGAAGGUGCCUGCCAUCCUGUAUUACGCCAAGAGAAACUACCACUCCAAAUAUGACCUACGCAGUAAGCAAUCCUCUCAUUGGCAGUACAUCCAACCGGCCUCACAACCGCAGACCAUGUGUAUUGCGUUGUGUGGGCGAGCGGUUUGCUGAUGUGAACAGAGUGCCCCAUUGUGGAGUUAGGGUAUGGUCAGGCAUGAACAAAAUUGCAUUUUAUCGAUGGCAAUUUGAAUGCAUAGAGAUACCGUGACGAGAUCCUGAGGACCAUUGUGAGAGCCAUUUUUUUUUUAAAGGUAUCUGUGACCAACAGAUGCAUAUCUGUAUUCCCAUUAAUAUGAAAUCCAUAGAUUUGGGCUUAUUGAAUUUAUUUCAGAAUUACUGAUUUCCUUAUAUGAACUGUAACUCAGUAAAAUAUUUUACAAUGUUGCAAGUUGUAUUUAUAAUUUUGUUCAGUAUAGAUAAUACGUACAGGAUAUUUGCCUUGGUGUCAGUCCAAACCAGUACGCAACAUAACCUUGACCACCUCUGUGAAGAUGGGUGUUAUUUGUGGUACUGUGUAUGACUGUAUUUAUUACCUGUUUGAGAACACCCCCACCCCAACACUUGAUGUCUGUCUUUCCCAGUUAAAAACCCCAUCGAGACCAGUGUGCUGCUGACAGAGGCAUCACUGGCGCGGAAGCAGAGGAAGAGCCACGCCACGUUCAUCCCCCUCAUGGUCAGUGAGAUGCCCCAGGCCGGAGACCUCGUGGGACUGGACGCCGAGUUUGUCACCCUCAACCAGGUCAGUCUGGCAGAAGUGUGAUUGCUUGAUUUGGCAUAUAAGUUAGUGUGCUAGGUCAACAAUGUAUCUAGAAGGUUCCUUUUAGGUACAGUUUUGGAUCCAUUUUUCCUACCCAGAUCCUAACCUUAAUCAUUAAACAGGUGUAUAGUAGGGGCAGCUUCACCCUAGCAGUAUAAACAUGAUGCUAAUAAUCAACAACAACAGUCAUACAUCUCUGCUUGGAGAUCCAUUGUUUAAAUUCCCCCCUAUGGACCAAAUUCAUGUCUUUGGGUAUGUAGGAGGAGGCAGAGCUACGCAGCGAUGGCACCAAGUCCACCAUUAAGCCCAGUCAGAUGUCUGUGGCACGGAUCACCUGUGUGCGUGGUCAGGGUCCCAACGAUGGAGUACCAUUCAUCGAUGACUACAUCUCCACUCAGGAGCAGGUAAUGCAGCACCUCUCGCCCUGGCAAUAAUAUGAGGACUUUAACAGGAUGGAUGGAUGUUCAGAUAAUUAUUGCUAUGUAGUAAAAUCAGAUGUUGUAUAACCACAAACAGUAAAGCUUCUUAACAAAAAGACUUCACUGUUUUGCUGGUGUAGGUGGUGGACUAUCUGACCCAGUACUCAGGCAUCAAACCAGGGGACCUAGAUGCUAAGAUUUCCUCCAAGCACUUGACCACUCUGAAGUCAACUUACCUGAAGCUGCGCUUCCUCAUUGACACCGGAGUGCGCUUUGUUGGCCAUGGUUUACAAAAGGACUUCCGGGUUAUAAAUUUGCUGGUAAAUUUGUAUACUUAAUUUAUCUGAUUGUUAAAUUGAACCAAAUGUACCUGUUUCUCUAUACCCCUGGCCGCAGUUUUAGUAAAGAUUAUGGGCCGGUUUCCCAGACACAGAUUAAGCCUAGUCCUGGACUAAAAAUAAUGCUCAAUGGAGAAUUUCCUUUAAAAUUGCUUUUUAGUCCAGGACUAGUCUUAGUCCAGUAAUCCAGCCCUGUGGGUUAGCUAGAAACAGUAGACAGGGUCAUUUCAAUGGAGGGAAUUUGGGAGCUCAUCUGUGUUUUUAUGUUUCCUUGCUCAGGUGCUGAAGGAUCAGGUUGUUGACACAGUCUACCUGUUCCAUAUGCCUCGUAAGAGGAUGAUCUCUCUGCGCUUUCUCGCCUGGUACUUCCUGGGUAAGAGUUUAUACUCCUCAACCACUGUGUUUUUCAUAUAGAAAUUACUACUUAGUCUGCCAUUUUCCAAACUUCUUCAUGUAACACAAAAUUGUGUGAAAUGGCAAAACUGCUACUUGCUUCUCCAGACCUUAACAUCCAGGGUGAGACCCAUGACAGUAUUGAGGAUGCACGCACCGCACUUUCUUUGUACAAGAAGUACCUGGAACUGAGUCGUGGAGGAGGGAAUGACGAAGUACGCAAAGUUCUGAAGGGACUCUACGAGAAAGGCCGCAAGAUGGACUGGAAAGUCCCGGACUGUGACACAGGAGAUGGUUAAGGUAGCCAAAAGGUAUGAAGCUCACAUUGCAUUAGAGAGUGUAAUGUUGGUGGGGUUUGGGUAUUAUUGAGGCUAACUAAACUUUACUUACUGUUAUUAGCAGUUUACAGUAUCAAUCAAUCCACACUGAUUGAAUGUGGUCCCCUCCCACAGGUACAGCUGUCUUUCCCUCAGUGAUGGGACUGUGAAGAGUGCCUGAAGACAAACUGAUUCACUCUCUAUUCCAAUCAGCCUUUUCUUUUGUAUUGUUACAACUAGGGCUAGCACAAUUACCGUAUAACCGUGUAACCAACAGUUAUGGAUGAAGACCUUCAUGAAAAGAAAAUAACCGUCAUAACUGUUUUUUAUUUGCUAUUUGAACGGUUAUAACGAUGACCGCGGCAAUUUGGCUGACCAAUAACCGUCAUCAACAAUUCCAUGACGUCACAGCCCUAGUUACAACAAGUUCUCACAAAGUAUUGACUCCCAUAUUGUAUGAAACUGGACAAGUCAUCGACAAGAGCAGAAUCCUGACAGAGGUUGUGUCAGUGUCCCAACUUUCCACAUAAUCUUGCUUGCCUGUACAGUAUUUGAAUAAGGACUGAACAGUUUUGAUCUGCUCCAAAACAAAACUAUUUCUGAUUUAAUCUUUCCUUUUCUAUUUUUCAUUAGAUUUGAAGAGUGUUUGUCAUUAUGCUGUACAUUGUGCUGCUUACAUGGGCAAAGAAUAGUAUUUUGAAAAUAUGCUGAAGUUUUUGUAGUGAUGUUUCUUGAGGCCUUUAAUUAAAACGGAAUAUAGUACACUGAA